GCGAUCCUGUCGGAAGCAAACAUGGAUGCCACCAAUCGAACUUCACUGAACACUGCUGGAGCAUCUUUCGGGUUGUUCACGGACUGGCCACUACGAAACGCGAUCAACUAUGGUAUCACCAUUCUGCUUCUCUUUACUCUCGGGUUCUUUGGGCGGUUUCUUGGUACAGUGAAGUGGCAGCUUGAGCGCUCAUGGCGAUUGGCACAAAGGAACACGAACAAGGAUGAUAAUGACUAUGUCGAUUUUCGCGAAGAUCACGGGGAGUCUGAACCGCUCAGUCCGGAUGAAUCAAUUGCAGGUUCAGAAAAGCGCAGGCAUCGGAGACAAUUUUGGGUAGCUGGUGAAGGUCGGAACAUGAAGCAAGAUGGGAUCCGUGCACUUUUGGAGUUUGCGAGAGCGGCCAUUGCCUACAUACUCAUGCUUGCAGUCAUGACCUACGAUGUCGGCUUCUUCUUUUCGAUUGGUGGGAGUGUUUUAGCAGGCGAAUUCCUUCUCGGAAGAUAUUCUCGUUGA